CGCGCUGGGUGCCGAGGAUGCGGGCGUUCUGCGGCCAGGGGCGGCUCGGGUGACCCCCGCGGCGGUUGCGCGGACGGUGGCGGCGGGGCCAUGCUGAGCCGCAGCUCGUUCACCAGCCUGGUGGUGGGGGUGUUCGCGGUGUACGUGGCGCACACGUGCUGGGUGAUGUACGGGAUCGUCUGCACGCGGCCCUGCCCCGCCCCGGGCCCGGCCAAGGAGGAGCGGGCGGGAGGCGCGGCGGGCUGCAUCUGGCCCUACCUGGCCCGCCGGCCCAAGCUGCAGUUAAGUGUAUACACUACCACGCGGUCAAACAUUGGUGCUGAGAAUAAUAUAGAUCUGAUUUUGAAUGUGGAGGAUUUUGAUAUUGAGUCCAGAUUUGAAAGAACAGUCAAUGUCUCUGUACCAAAGAAAACUCGAAAUAAUGGCACACUGUAUGCAUACAUAUUUCUUCACCAUGCUGGCAUUUUACCUUGGCACGAUGGCAAACAGGUGCAUAUAGUAAGUCCUCUGACCACUUACAUGGUUCCUAAAGCAGAAGAAGUUAAUCUUAUCACUGGAGAAUCCACCACCCAGCAAAUUGAAGCAGAAAAGAAACAGACCAAUGCCUUAGAUGAACCUGUCUCACAUUGGAGGUCAAGGUUGACUCUAAAUGUUAUGGUGGAAGAUUUUGUUUUUGAUGGAUCAUCUCUCCCUGCUGAUGUUCACCGAUACAUGAAGAUGGUUCAGUUGGGGAAGACUGUGCAUUAUCUUCCAAUAUUAUUUAUUGAUCAGCUAAGCAACAGAGUGAAGGAUUUAAUGAUAAUAAACCGUUCAACGACAGAGCUACCUCUUACAGUGUCAUAUGAUAAAAUAUCUCUUGGAAAGCUCCGAUUUUGGAUCCACAUGCAAGAUGCAGUGUUCUCCCUGCAGCAGUUUGGCUUUUCAGAAAAGGAUGCCGAUGAAGUAAAAGGAAUUUUUGUGGAUACUAACUUAUACUUUUUGGCUUUGACAUUCUUUGUAGCAGCAUUCCAUCUUCUUUUUGAUUUCCUUGCAUUCAAAAAUGACAUCAGCUUCUGGAAGAAAAAGAAAAGCAUGACUGGAAUGUCUACAAAAGCAGUGCUUUGGCGAUGCUUCAGUACCGUGGUCAUAUUUCUUUUCCUUUUGGAUGAACAAACAAGUUUAUUGGUACUAAUUCCAGCAGGUGUUGGUGCAGUGAUUGAGCUCUGGAAAGUGAAGAAAGCACUGAAAAUGACAGUUAUAUGGAGAGGCAUGAGGUCGACAAUCCAGUUUGGUGCAUACAAUGAAUCUGAAAAGAGAACUGAGGAAUAUGAUACCCAGGCUAUGAAAUAUUUGUCCUAUUUACUGUAUCCACUGUGUAUUGGAGGUGCAGCUUAUUCACUUCUGAAUGUGAAAUAUAAAAGCUGGUAUUCUUGGUUGAUUAACAGCUUUGUCAAUGGGGUAUAUGCUUUUGGAUUCCUAUUUAUGUUGCCACAGCUGUUUGUGAAUUAUAAGAUGAAAUCAGUUGCACAUUUACCAUGGAAGGCAUUCACAUAUAAAGCAUUCAACACCUUCAUUGAUGAUAUCUUUGCUUUUAUCAUCACUAUGCCAACAUCACAUAGGCUGGCAUGUUUUAGGGAUGAUGUGGUAUUCCUCGUCUACCUUUACCAAAGAUGGCUAUAUCCUGUGGAUAAGAGCAGAGUGAAUGAAUAUGGAGAAUCUUAUGAAGAAAAGCUGAAAAGAAAACCCCACAGAGACUAGUUAACAGUAGAAGACUAUUUCUGGACUGCUGCUGGCUGUGUAUUGCUUGAUUUUUGUGAAGAAAAAAAGAUUGGAUUAUUUAAUAAGAGUAUUUUUUAAAGCUUAUGACAGAACUCCAUGGACAAUACAUCUUCUGCAUUGCCAAAAUCUAUUUUUGAUGGUUCUUUGUUGUUUCAAGAUCCCUUUUAUGUCUUUAUGAAGAAGUCUGCCAAUCUUUUUGCCAGAUGUCACUUAAACAAUAGUUAAACAUAUUUAAACUUCUUACAUAAAAAUUUAAAGAAAUAUUAAUUUGUCUUUAUUGUUAUGAUUGUUUUAGUGUGUGUUUUGAGAUAGCUCAAUUAACUGGUCAUGUGUUACCUUUACUGGUAAAGGGCUACUAGGCCAUGAAGAGUACAGGUAGGCUGUGAUUGUUAUAGCAGAAUAGGGCAUCACUGCUGAACCAGGGGUUGUUAGAAUUUAAAGGUAUAAUUUCUGAAAUAUACACUUUAAAUUACAUCACACAACACCAUUCUAGGUUGACAAUGGACAUGGAAGGGCUCAAAUUGAUGGAGGGUUAAAAUCUCAUGGCUGACCUAAGCUGUAUAGAACUUCGAAAUAAGAGUCCUCUAGCUUAAAAUAGCUUUCCUGGAAGGAAGGGGAAAGUAACCCAGUUAAACUUCUUAAAAUAUUGUCACGCUUUUAGACCAUGAUACGACUUUUUAAAUCUUAAUUUAUUUUUAAAUGGCAGAGAUUUUUAUUGUAAAAAGCUAGUGAGCAUGUGCA